AUGAAAACUCUAACCUGUCAGCUUACGUACAAGGAGCACGUUCGCAUCUGGAUCCUUAGAGAGGCAGGCUUCAAGCAGAAGGAGAUUUCUCAGAAGCUUAGGAGACCUCUGCCCACACUCUCUAAUUACCUUAGCGCACCAGAGACGCCAACAAAGCGACAAGGUCGCCGUCAAAAAAUCUGUACACCUCUUUGAACUAAGCACAUAAAGGAUCAGGAAUUAUAGGUGUGGGAGCACCUAAAUUGGACUGAUGAGCAGUAGGCUUCUUUGGGCUGGUAUGACAAGUUUUCUGCGUGAUAAAAU